UGUCUUUUUUUUCUCUGUUUCUUUAAAAAAAAAAAAGAAUGGUUUAGUGAACUCCACAAAAUGUUGUAUAUAAUUAUUGUUCAUAGAUUAUAAUAUUAAAGUAGCGGAACCUCUCCUUGGGAAUUUGUUUGGGAGGGGAUGUUAUUGGUGAGACACUUUGGUGGGGCUCCCUCGUGUGUGCCAUGCGGUUGCCUCAGUCCGUUUCCGGAUGAGGCCGAUGACGCAUGUCCUUCUCGCUUCUCCCUUCAAUAUACAAAUAUUGUGUGUGUACUGGUGAAGGAGAAGCUGACGCCCCGUGUCUCAUCUUUUAUUUCUUUUCUUACAGGUAUGUUUAACAAUAAGUUCUGGUUCAGUAGAAAAGAUGUUUAGCUCAUUGAUCAUUAAUACUAGAUGUGCAUUGAACAGAGUGUGUUAUAGAAGUGUUGGACUAAAUGUAUGUUGUCUGUGAGGCACGUGAAACAGACUGCACAUGGUACGGUAUCGAAUACAUACAUAUAUAUAUAAUGUGUAUUCUGUUUUAUUCCAUUCUGAUAUGUAAUGUUUGGAAAUAUGGGUUGCACAUUUAUUAUUAUUAUCAUUAUUAUUAUAAAUACAGUAUUAUUAUUUGUUUCAUUUUGUGACAUAUAAAUGCUUGAAUUGAUGUCCGUUAAUAUAACAUAGAUAUUAAUGUGCUGUAUUAGAGAAUGUCAGAUUUAUAUACUAUAAGUUGUAUACUUUAUUUACAUUUAUAGCAUCUAUCUCUGUUAUUGUAUAAUGGUCAGUCCGUUUCCGGAUGAGGCCGAUGACGCAUGUCCUUCUCGCUUCUCCCUUCAAUAUACAAAUAUUGUGUGUGUACUGGUGAAGGAGAAGCUGACGCCCCGUGUCUCAUCUUUUAUUUCUUUUCUUACAGUAAAAAAAGAGCUGAGUUUCAUUGAUUGGUGGUGUGGUCUUUGUAUGUGUGUGAGAGUGACCGGUCCAGACACGUUACAUAAUUUGGUGCCGUGACCCGGAUUCGCCGGAUCUGCUGUAGCCGAUUGCUGGGGUUCGACAACACAAGAACACAACGCUUCUGCAACCUACCGAUGAAGGAUCUUCGUCAUUGAUGUUUUAAUGGCGUCGUCUGGACAUUGAACUGAACUGAGUAACUACACCAUUGAUUCACAUCACACACACAUCGAAUGUUACACUUUGUGCAUUUUGAGCUGUCCUUUCAAGAACACAGUAAUUGUGAAGUAGCUUAAGUUUCUCUUUUGUGAACUUUACUCUAUUGCUUGGAAUUUACAUCAUGGCCGAAGGGGGAUUGAGUGAAGAUUUAGUGACGCCACGAAUUGGCAGGGGGCGUGGGUUGUUUGGGGUAUCUGAGCCUGUAGUCGGCAAACCACGUAUCUUGUUCUACGACUCCGCGACUGACCCGACCCUGCUGAAUAAUGAAUCUAUUGAGCCAAAUUCCUCCACCCCUGCCAAUGCUGGUCCUGACAAUGUUACGCAGCAACUACGUGACCUCAUUGGUGAGCUUGGAAGCCAGAUAGGUGACUCCAUUGUCACACGACUGUCGUCAAACCAGACUUUGCCUGGUCCCGUUCCAUCAUUUGAGCGGCAACCCUCGACCACACUGCCCUUGUGUACGAGCCUUGAUCUGUCCAAACUAAAUCUCAUAGUCAAAGCCGACAUUAAAGAACCGCAAAUGUUCAGAGGGGAUGGUGGUGACAAAUGUUCCAUCCUAGAGUGGAUCGAGCAAAUGAAUAUGUAUUUGUCCAAAAGGGGUUGCGGCAAAGUCGACGGGGUAGAGGAAAUGCUGAACCAUCUCUGUGGCCGGGCAAAGAGCAUUGUCAAGGUUAAACUAAAAAAUAGCCCGGUUGCUGUACUUAGCCCUGAAGUGGUCUAUGGAGUUCUGCAGCGCUACUUUAGUGAGAGCCCUGGCUCGUGCCAGCCGCUAGCCGAUUUUUAUGCGACCCAGCCGAAGCUUAACGAACACCCCGUUGACUAUUGGGUAAGAUUGAAUGAGGCAGCCGAGCUAGCAGACGUUCACCUGCAAAGAUGUGGUAGCAAGAUGGCAAAUAUGAGCUCUGAGAUUGCAAUGAUGUUCAUCAGGAACUGUCCCAAUCCUGAUCUUUCAAACGUCUUUAGGUGUAAGCCCAUAAGCAAAUGGUCGGUUGAGGAGGUCCAAGAGGCCAUCGAUGAACAUGAGCGAGACUAAGUCACGAAAACCACUUUUGAUUGCGCCCGAAGUCACAGUAAAUCAGGCUGUUGUUGCCGAAAAGCCCGUCAGCUCGCAGGUAGCAACAGGACACGAAAGUGUAGGUGUAACCUCUGCAGCGUGCACUGCAAGCCCACACCCUAAAACGGGCGAAGCUGCAGAAUCCGGCGCCUUAGAGCGUGUGUUGAAGAUGUUAGAAAAGGUGUUAGAGCGCACAACCCCUUCGGUUUCAGAACCAAAGCCUUGUACGUCACCGUGGUAUCGAGCAUCCCCGUGUGCAGUGUGCGGGGACCGAUCUCAUUCAACCCGUUCACACUGCAUGAGAGAAAGAAGAUGCCUUGAUUGUCUAGAGGUUGGACAUCAACGUAAGCAGUGUCGCAGGUCUGUUGGCGAGGGUGUGGGCCUGAACGGUGAAAGUCAGGGAAACUAGACCACUCACACAGGGGAGAGGGCAGUGUGAGUGUUGAGAGUCAGCCUCUCACCAGUGAAGAUGAUCUGAUGGUCAUCUAUAGCAACCAUUGUCGGGUUGAGUCAGGUGGUAGUGUCGUUUUGUUCCAAAAUAUUGCGAAGCUAGAAAAAGCUGAUAGUUUGUUUUACACCGGUGUGUUGGUGAAUGAUACGGUUGCUUGCCGAGGCUUGUUAGACACUGGUUCUAUGGCAUGUACCAUUAAUGAAGAAACUGAGCGCAGGCUACUGGAUGCAUGCAGUAUUCUUGAGCCUGUGCAACCCCAUACCGAUGUUUUACUCGUAGGGUGUGGUGGUGUUCGGGUCAAGCCCAAGUGUAUCCAUCGGCUAAAGAUGUGCGUGUAUGGGUAUUCAGUCUUGGUGCC